AGACUCUCGACGAUGUCGGACGCCAUCAGAGAUACGGCCCCGACCGACGGGAUGGCGCGCCCGAUAAUGCCGAGUUCCCCUAUAAACGUCCUCAAGCCAGAGGGAAGAAGGCAGGCUGAACCCCCCGAACAACCGCCACCGCAUCUCUCUAACUUAAUCGUCGGAGGGGUCGGGUCAAGCCGACCCGACCUUUGUGCAGGUAUCAAGCCGAGGACUCCCGUCCGGGACGCACAGCCAAGGGAUCCCCACCCGGAGGAAGUCGCUGCAUCGCCCCGAGCCCGAGGCCGCCCCGACCGCCCCGGUGGAAGCGCGCAUCGCCCCAGGGAGAUCCCCGCUAUUCGGACCCCCGAACGAGCCGAGACGACCUCUCGGGUCACGGCUAAGAAAAAAAGCCUCGAAGCCAGAGACGCCGAAGACUGGGAGUUCAUCUCUUCCUUGACAAACUGCAGCCACCUGGAGGAACUAAGCCUGAUCGAAAAUGAUCUCGGAGGUGUGCUUCCCGCCUCCAUUGCUAAUCUCUCGAUCCAGCUCAAGAGCCUAACGCUCGGCCGCAACCAUAUCUCUGGAUCUUUUCCUCCCGGCAUCAGGAAUUUUGUCAACCUGAGUACGCUGAGUCUGAAUGAGAACCAUUUCACUGGGAGUAUUCCUGACUUCCUCGGAGAACUCGUCAACCUGGAAGCUCUGAUCUUGUAUGGCAACAAGUUCUCGGGUAACAUCCCAUCCUCACUCGGCAAAUUGACUCGAUUGAAUGAGCUUGUAUUGUUCGACAACGACUUGGGAGGCAGCAUCCCGGUGAGUCUUGGGAAUUGCCAGAAUCUGAAUUUUUUAGAUAUCUCUGGCAAUCGCCUGAGCGGAUCCAUCCCAAUAGAAGUGCUUAGCAUCGGAUCCUUGUCGAGCUAUCUCGACUUGUCCAACAAUCAAUUGAACGGAACUCUACCACCGGAGGUCGGCAGGUUGCGCAACACGCCCUUUUUAUCUGUCGCCAUCAACAGGCUUUCGGGAGGCAUUCCAACGACUUUAGGUGAUUGUCAAUUGCUGGAGUCCCUCAAUUUGAGUAGAAAUUUCUUCCAAGGAAGCGUUCCUAAAUCUCUGAGCAACUUGAAGGGACUCGAGAAGCUGGAUCUUUCAUCCAAUAACUUGUCUGGUUCCUUUCCAGAUUUUCUAGCGGGCUUGCCUGACCUGAAACUUCUGAAUCUAUCUUUCAAUGAUCUGGAUGGUGAAGUGCCGGUAGAUAAAAUUUUCAGCAAUUCUAGCGAGUUUUAUGUCGUCGGAAACCACAAACUCUGUGGGGGUAUCUCAAGUUUGCAUUUGCCUUCUUGCUCAACUCAGACAUCCAAGAAGAACCGGUCACUUAUUCUUGAAAUAACCUUGCCGAUUGUGGUUUCACUCUUACUAUUUGCUCUGUUUAUGACCUGCUGUUACGCGAGAAAGCACAAGAAACUUGGUUUACCUGCAAUAGUUUUAGAAAAUGUUCCAACAAGAUUGUCUUAUCUCGAGUUGAUGAAGGCAACCGAUAACUUCUCCGACGAGAAUUUGAUUGGCGUUGGAAGCUACUGUUCGGUGUACAGAGGGGUUUUGGGUGAUGGCAAAACUCUCGUAGCGAUCAAGGUACUGAACCUGGUUCAGCGAGGCGCUUUCAAGGCUUUCGUCGCAGAGUGUGAAGCUUUAAGAAGCAUUCGACACCGAAACCUGGUCAAGAUCUUGACAACCUGCUCGAGUGUUGAUCUUAGAGGUAAUGAAUUCAGAGCUAUCGUGUUUGAUUUCAUGCCUAAUGGGAGUUUGGAGAGUUGGUUGCAUCCAGACACAGACAAGAAGAUGUACUUCAAGCGAUUAGGUCUGCUUCGGAGACUUGACAUAGCAAUCGAUGUUGCUGCUGCGCUGAACUAUCUUCAUGACCACUGCGAGACGCCAAUCAUCCACUGUGAUCUGAAGCCAAGCAAUGUCCUUCUUGAUGGCAACAUGACUGCUCGUGUGGGAGAUUUUGGCCUAGCAAGAUUCCUCUUCAAUGGCACCGACCGAUAUCUAUCUUCUUCUGUAGCUAUGAAAGGUUCCAUUGGCUAUAUGGCUCCAGAAUACGGGAUGGGCGGGCUGGUUUCGACUCAUGCUGAUGUCUACAGCUACGGAGUGCUGCUGCUGGAGCUGUUCACCGGGAGGAGGCCUACAGACGACAUGUUUAAGGACGGUCUCACCCUCCAAAAGCACGUCGAGGGAGCCUUUACGAAGGGAGCUCAGGUCACCGGCAUUGCUGAUCCGUCACUAUUCCCCGACGAAGAAGAAGGUGAAGGCGCACCAGUUCUCAAGAUCGGAAGUCAAGCGAGUGAAAGGAUAACAAGAUGCUUAGAAUCGGUGCUCAUGGUAGGUCUCUGCUGUGCCAAGGAGUCGCCGAGAGAGCGCAUCACAAUCAAGGAUGCUGUGACCAGAAUAGAGACGAUCAAGAGUCUGCUGCUCACCCCUAAAAUGUAGUCUUGGAUUGGUAUUUACUGUCAUAGUUGUUAAGUUCAGAUCAUACGACACUCCACGUUUAAUUCGCUUGUUUUGUGAAGGAGGGUAGUGUGUUUCUUCUGCUUCCUCUGUUCUCUCAGUUUCUGUUGUUAUUUCUGUACUCUUAAGAAAUAAAAGAAUGUUAGUACGAAUCA